AAGAGCUAGGUUCAAAAUAAUUCAACAACAGAGUUGUUUUGUUGGAGUGUGAAAGACACUUUACCCGAGGAGUUAAGGUUUGCUGUGCCCAGGGGUUUGCUGUGCCCGGGGGGUUUGCUGUGCCCGGGGGGUUUGCUGUGCGAUGUGAGGGAGCCCAGGACGGGCCCUCGUCUAUGGAGACGGCUUCAACGCUUGUCUGAAGUUUACAGAUUCAAGGAGUGUGUCAUAGUACUGUUUUGGAUUGGUCCAUAACCUGACCUACCAUGCCCGUGAUCGUGCUGGAAACGAGGGACUUCACCAGCCCUCUGUCCCUGGUGCGCACCUGGGCCCUUCUGUCCGGCUGCCUCACAUUCAGCCUGGUGGCCUCUCUGCACACCCCCGAGCGGGCCGCCUCCCUGGAUCCCUCCGAUCGGGCCCCCCUCUCCACCUUCUGGAUCCUCUGCAUGUUCACCUGGUGCCUCUUCUUCGUCCUCACCCUCCUCAUCCACGUCCUCAGCGUCAUCCAGUUCCACAGCCUGAUCCCCGUCUCCUGGAAGAACCUGACCGUGACCGUGGCCAGCCUCGCCUCGCUCAUGGUCCUCAGCGCCUCGGUGAUCUUCCCCGGGAUGAUCGUGGACCACAAUGUGGCGGGGCCACGCCAUGUGGUGGCUACGGUCGCCUCCUGUCUCACCUUCCUGGCAUACGCCUCAGAGGCCUUUCUGAUCCGGACCCAAAGCCGGGAGCAGAGAGGCUACAUGGCCAGUGCCCCCGGCCUGCUCAAGGUGCUCCAGUUUUGGGGAGGCUGUCAGAUGAUCCCCCUGUUUGUGGAAGGGUCCCGCAGAGCUUUGCAGGCCGGAGAUGGGGAAGACAUGGCUUGGCCUUGGAGUUGGUGGCAGCUGUGGGUGUCAGGUGUGGCGUACGCCAUCUGUCUUGUCAUGUCCCUGGGCACGGUGGUGGUGGUACUCGGGGACUGGGCCGGGCGAUGCCCCGUGCCCUUCGACCGCCUGUUGACAGGGUUUAGCCUAACUGGGGUUCUGCUCUACGUAGUCGCCACCAUUUUGUGUUUUACCCGCGUGCUGAGGCUACCGACUCUCUGUAAAAAAAACAUCCGCUUCUGCCCAGUGCAGGUUGUCAUGGAGACGGUAGUGGCAAGUGUGACGCUCUUGGCCUACACGGUGGAUCUGGCCUUCUCUAUCAAACUGCUGCGCGACAGAAGUCACCCAUGAAAAUAUACAGCCAGUCUAGAUCCACUCUACUUGGAUGGUUAUGCACAGGUGCAUACUCCCACUGUACCCAUCGUGGUCGCAUCAAGUGCAUUUCUAUUCAGUAUCUCUAGAUACUCUCUAUCUACAAGGGCUAUCCAGAGUUUGUGUGGUGAAGAUUUAUUUUUGUAAGCGGAAAUCAAGAUGGAGAUCACUGAAAUGAUCAAGUUAAUGUUAUUGGUGUCCAACCAUUUUUUAUAUUCAGUGCCAUUACUAUGGGUGAACAUCAUGUACUAAUCAGUCAUUUUUUGUGUGCAUGUUAACACAUAAUAUUAUGUGUAAAUUAAAAGGUAAUAUUGA